CCAAAUCUGAGAGUCUUGAGCAUGUCUAAUUGCUAUCUCUCAGGUCCCAUUGAUACUUCUCUGCUGAAGCUGAAACACCUUGAGAAAAUCCGGUUAGACAACAAUGGUUUCUCAACUACAGUGCCUGAUUUCUUUGGUGAGUUCAAGAACUUGUCUUUCCUGAGUCUAAGUUAUUGUGGAUUUUCUGGAAGAUUACCCGGGAAGGUGUUUCAGCUACCAACAUUGCAGACGCUUGAUCUGUCAAAUAAUCCGAUGCUUGAAGGCACCGUGAUGGAAUUUCCUGUGGAUGGAUCUCUGCAAACUCUGGCUCUUAGUAACACGAAUUUCUUCGGGACGCUGCCUGAAUCCAUAGAGAACUUGGAAUGGUUGUCCAGACUAGAUCUUGCAGCCUGCAACUUCACUGGACAAAUACCUCAGUCUACAUCUAAGCUCAAGCGCCUGGUUUACGUGGAUUUGUCAUCCAAUAAGUUCACUGGCACAAUACCAUCAUUCAGCAUGUCAGAGAACUUGACACGGAUAGUUCUGUCCAACAACAGCCUAAUGGGUGAGCUUCCCGGUCACUGGGAAAGCCUCAAGAAUCUGCAGAAUCUUGAUCUAAGUGGCAACAUGCUGAGUGGCAGGAUCCCGCCAUCUCUGUUUCUUCUCCUGUCAUUGCGUACCAUCCAGCUUUCUAAUAACAUGCUCUCAGGCCGGUUAGAGAUCCCAACGAAUGUGAGUUCUCGUAACCUGACCACUCUAGAUUUGGGUAGUAACAUUCUGCAAGGACCCAUUACAUCUGUCUUCGAACUCCGAGAGCUUAAUUUCCUCUCCCUUGCUGAUAAUAACUUCAGUGGUCCUCUGGAACUGGGAUGGUUUCAAAAGCUUGAAAAUCUCAGCAGCCUUGAUCUCUCCUACAACAGUUUGUCGGUUUACAAGAAAGUUAACUCAUCUAUUCCCCAAGUCAGGAGAUUAAGAUUAGCUUCAUGUGGAUUGGAGAGGUUUCCUGAUUUGAGGGAACAAUCGAGACUUGUUUUUCUGGACCUAUCAUUCAAUCAGAUAAGAGGAGAAGUGCCGAAUUGGUUGUGGAAGGUAGGCAGUGGCUCUCUCAUGCAUCUGAAUAUUUCACAUAAUCAGCUUACAGGUUUUGAAGAAGACUAUAAGAUUCCCGACGCUCUCAGUGUUCUGGACCUCCAUUACAACAUGUUCAGUGGAAACCUUCCUUUGCUACCACCCGCAGCGAUCUAUCUGGAUUACUCAGACAACAAUUUCACUUCCUCAAUUCCCUCCGAUAUUGAUAGAAACCUUAACUUUUCUAUUUACCUCUCCCUAUCAAACAACGAUCUCACCGGAUCAAUCCCUGAAUCAGUGUGCAGUGCUAAGUAUCUCCAAGUUCUUGAUUUGUCAGACAAUAAGUUGAGCGGAGAAAUACCAGAAUGUCUCAUGGAGAAGAGCUCAACACUAGGAGUUUUAAACCUCAGAAGAAACAACCUGAAUGGGAGCCUGGGUGAUUCUUUUCCCAGAAAUUGUGCAAUAGAAACUCUAGAUCUAAGCAGCAACCGAAUACGAGGACAAGUUCCAAGGUCCCUUGCCAACUGCUCAAAGCUGGAGGUACUGAACAUCGGGCACAAUCAGAUAAAUGAUACCUUCCCAUGCCAUUUGAAGAACAUAUCCACUCUACGCGUCGUUGUCCUGAAAUCCAACAACUUCUCUGGUCCGAUAGACUGCUCAGGAGAUCAUAGUCCAUGGCCCAUGCUUCAGAUUGUCGAUUUAGCCAUGAACAAGUUUACAGGUGAACUCAAACAAGAUUGCCUCAUGAAAUGGAAGGCAAUGAUGGGUGACGCAAAUGCCACAACUUCCUACCUCCGCUUCGACUUUCUACAGUUUAGUGGGUUUAGUUACUAUCAGGACUCGGUAACAUAUACCUCAAAAGGCCAAGAGUUGGAGCUCUCGAAGAUCCUGACAAUCUACACAGCUAUCGAUCUCUCCGGCAAUGAUUUUCAAGGACCGAUUCCAGAUGCAAUCGGAGAAUUAAAAGAACUCUGCAUCCUCAACUUGUCACGCAAUGCAUUUACAGGACCAAUCCCGUCUAUGUUAAGUAACUUGCAGCAGCUUGAAUCUCUUGAUCUCUCGUCAAACAACUUGACAGGAGAGAUUCCUAAAGAGCUGACGAAUCUGAACUUCCUUUCCUACCUCAACCUCUCUAAUAACCAGUUGGUCGGAGAAAUUCCAAAAGGACCGCAGUUCCAGACGUUCAGUGAAGAGUCAUUUGAAGGGAACAAAGGACUCUGUGGUAUCCCUCUGAAGAAAACGUGCAGAGCCACAGACAAGUCAGCAGUAUCUCAUACAGAAUAUCGAGCGAACGGGUUGGAUUUGCAGUACAUAAUCACAGGGAUCGGAUACGGGGUUGGAGCAGGAGCCAUUGUUGCACCCAUAGUGUUCUGGAGACAAGCAAGCGACUGCAUAGAUGAUGGAAUUGACAAAAUUCUUCUCGCCAUCCUCCCAAUUCUGGGGCUAACGUAUACAACUUCCGAUAACUGGGAAACAGAAGACGAGGAAAGUAUCAAAGACCACGAAAUGGGUGAAGACCCAGAGGAUGAACAAGAACAUGAACAUGAAAAAGAAGAUGGUGAGCUUUACAGGAAGUAUUGCAUUUUCUGCUCUAAACUGGACAUGACCCGGAAAAUGGUUAUCCAUAAUCCCAAAUGUAAAUGCCACCAUGACUCACCAACUUCCUCCUCCUCCUCCUAUUUUCUAUCAUCUUUCUCAUUGUCUCACUGAGUUUUCCAUGUCUCUUUGUGUACACUGCGUUUGUUUAUAUUAUUAGCUAGCAUUCGACCUUU